AUGAGAACGCAUGAGAUGAGAAGAACUGGUGUAAAUAUGACGAUAGGUUUUGCUCGAGCAAACUUUUCCUAUCUCUUCCUACUUUUUACUCCUUUCUGCGAGGAUCGCAUAAACAAAACUAAUUUAUGCUUUGACAAUGGUAUUUGGUUUUCUACAGUCGAUCUUGGCAAGUGCGACCCAACGAACCCCCUGCCAAAAGAGAUUUUCGUCGAGUCCAGAGAAAAUGGAACUGGCUAUCGGCAAGAUUUGGUGCUCAAUUGGGAUGUUAUGGCUCCAAAAUUCACUAUCACAGCUGCCCGACCCUAUUUUACUAAAGAUACAGAGAAUGUGAUUUUACUGGUUGAUGGAGAUGGUAUCGCUCAUGGAAAUGUGAGCAUCUUCCUCGAAUCCAUUUCCGAGAAGAAUAGUGUGAUGCGAACAAAAGAAAUUAAAAUGAGCUCAAAAAUCGGAGAGGCGCUGAAAAUUGGUAUUCCGAAAGAGUGGAGGGACGACGCCAGCGUUAUUCGUGUAAUUGCAAAACGCCAAAUUCAAAAUGGCUACAGUAACGAGACAAUGUUAUACAUCCCAAAUCUCAGUGGGACUUCUUUGAUGUCCAAUUUGAUACAACCAGAAGAUUCAAAACCGUUCUACACAGACGAUGAAAUUAUGAAUGUGCAAGUGGCGGAGACAGGGAAAGAUAUGAAUUUUGUGAUAAUCUGCAACUCACACACCAUACAUCGCGUUCCGAACGACGUCAAAAACAAUGUGCUCCGUGUGAAAAUUACCGACAAAAUGGAGGGAACCUGUAUUCUGACGGCGUUUUCCGCGGAUUCCACCUCCGAUUUCAUGUUGUUCCGGGUACACAACUUUUGUGAGGAUUGCAAGGUGAAAGUGUCCAAAAUCUCGAAUGGAAUGAGAAGAGAGCUAGGGAAAAAUGACGCGAUUCAACCUGGGGAUCAGAUGGAAUUGGAGUUUACAGGCCAUUCAGAAGCUGUUGUUUUUUAUAGAGCAAUGGAUGAACGAUUGAGUUACAUUGCAUUGAGAAACGACUACAUGACCCACGAAUAUCAGGACUAUUUGAUUUUUGGAAAACAAUCUUCGGGUGCUAAAAUUCUGAAUCUCGUCGACGAGGAUAGGGUUGAAGAGGCGAUGAGUAUGUUUUUCCGUACUUUUUUUCACUUCCAGACGCUUUGUUUUUCUUCAGAGGACGUGUGUUCUGCAGCGGGAAAUCAAAUUCGUUUUAGAUGUGAACAAGGGCAACGGUCAUCAUCCCUAGUGUCCGAAAAAUGCUUAAAAUAUGUUUUGAAAAGCUGCUAUAAGAACUCAUCGGUUACCGCGCUCCCUAUCCUGAACCCAUUCCCUACUGAGAAAUCAGCUAUUCUGACGGCGAGCUCAACGAACUGGUUAGGCAAAGCUCUUUCUCGUUCCAAACUCCAGAAUGCUCCUCAUGCCCUCACCAUCAGACCCGAAUUCCAUGAUACAGGACUGACUCCACCGAAAACGAAAGUUCGACAGCAUUUCCCUGAAACCUGGCUUUUCGAUGCAAUCGUACUAGAACGUAAUGGAACAAAAAAUGUUGUGGCUACUACACCUGAUAACGUUGGACAAUGGGCACUUAACAGCGCGUUUUGGUGGCAUGGAAGGGUUUCCUUGUUUCCGGGAGAAACAAAAUACAUACAGACUACGAAACCGAUUUUUUUGGAGGUUGAUAUGCCCAAAAACGUCUACGUCAAUGAAACUAUCAGCCCUCUUCUCACUGUUACUGGAAUAGACCUCGCCAAAUCUCGAGAAACAUUUGUGAUAUGCUUAUCAGAGCUUCCAAGAAAAGUUUGUGCUGAUCAAGGAGCGAAUGGAAACAAAGGAGACACAUAUUACAUGAAAGUGGAACUGUCUAGAAACUCACCCAUACAAAGCAAGUAUCUGAUGAUGAAGUUUCUAUCUCCAGGACUUGUCAAUAUGACUGUGACUCUUAAAACAGAAAACUGCGAGACGGGAAAAAUACUAGAUGCAGUGCGGAAACAAAUAGAAAUACAGAAACGGGCAGACACCGAGGAAUACUAUGAACGUCAUAUUUUAAACCCGAGCAAACCACUGGUAACAGCAAUGAACGAUGAUCCGGUGUCCACAAGUAGCAAGGAUACUAAAAUGAUUAGUAAGGCUUGGAAACAUAGAUAUUUGAGAAGUUAUACUCAAUUUUCAGCAUUUUCCGACCAACACGCGUCGACGGAUGAUCCAGAGACUAUUAACACUCUUAUCACGUCAAAUGUUCCAGAUACUGAAACUGUUUUCUUGUUCAGUAUAACGUUAUCAAAAUUCCUCCCACUGUACGAUCGAGUUGCCACAAUGUCCUCGCAGACUAGAUUCAAGAGAAAUGGGCAAAGAAUGCUAACUUCAGUUAUCAAGGAGCUGUCAGUGGUACUGUACAAGUUCAAGAAACUCAAGCUCUCGGGAUACACAUCUUUCCAAAUGGAAGCAGAGAUUAAUGAUUUGAUCAACGAAAUGAUGCAGUUCUCUAAUUGCACUUCACGGAAAGAACCAUGCGCCUAUAGCGAGUUUGGACGUCCACAAUCAUCCAAGGAUAUUUCCAUAUUAUUGACUAGCAUUGCUACCAGCCUUCUUUGCGAAGCUGACGUUGAAGAGAACCGAGUGCUCGGCUCACUGAAAACAAUCACCGACUACAUUCCAAAACUAGGACGAAAGGAUUUCAACGAGGACCUGAGUGACAUCAUAGACGUCGAAAACACCGAGGACAAAAAAUACCUACUAGUCUCAUUUAUGUAUCAGGUUUCACGCGAUUGCUCAAGCUAUCGCAGUAGUCUGAGGAAUAUGGUAGGGGAAAACACGGAACAUCGGCUUGACAGUAUCUUAUUUCAGACAAAAUCUUUCGGGCAGUUACAUAAAUAUUUUUAUACACUGGAUGAAUCUAAUGUGAAGGAUGGAAGAGCAGCGGCAGCGAUUGCGUUUAUGGCAACAAAUGCGACCGCAGAAUUGAUGAGAAGUGACUUAUUGUCAAGAAUAAAUAAAGAACAUCCUCCAUACUGGAAGUGUAGUGGAUACGAGCCGAAUCGAGUCGACAAAUUGAAAAGAAACAACGAGUCGUUCAGGCGGAGACGAGAGAGUUGUCAAGUCAUGGUCAACAGCUUUGCACUAUCCGCAAUAGUGUCUGCUUAUGCGGAGGGAACUGAAAUUGACUGGGACCGACUAGCGGAUUGGAUUUCCGAGCAACAAGGAAGUGAUGGAUCAUAUGGAAGUCCGCUGACGACUCUAGUGGCAACAAGAUCGUUGUAUGAGAAACAAAGGAGGACAGUCGAGAUUGGGUUUAAUGAUCAUUUGGAGGUCACCGUAAGAUGUAAAGGGUGUGCUGAAAAACGAGUGAAUGUCACAGAAAGCCCGAUUGAAAUUCAUGUAAGCUUGCUUAUUAUUCCCAACAACAUUCACUAUGUAACUUUAAUAACAAAAGGACACGGAAAAGCUGUGGUGGCUGCGAGGAUUGUGGCCACGAAGCGGCCAAGACCAAAGAGAGGACUGACGCAAGACGAUUACUAUCCAGUGCAUUUAUCGAUUGAUCAGACAGUGCAGGACAAUUUUGUGCAUCAAACAGUUUGUUUCAACGUCACCAAUCCAACUAUCAAAACAUUAGACAUAUUCCACGGAACCUACACGUUGUUCACUGCGACCCCGGAUCAGUUAUAUUUCUUGAAUGACACGUACGCACCUAUCAACCCCUCAUCAUCCGCCCUCGGUCUCCAUUUCAUCAUCACCAAUAUCAAAACCAACCAAACAAUUUGUUACAAGGUGGCACUUAGCGAAUCGAGAGGUGGACGGAAUAUUCCUUACAAGUCUGCGCCGGUCCCAAUCCGUGCCACUCAUCCUGUGCAAGGAUUAGUUGGAAUGCUACUCAUUGCUCAUCCCGAUGUGCCAAAGUCCGAUGUGGUGGUUCGACACAGACGUCAUCAUUAUACAAGAACGAGAUUUGUGCGGAGGAUUAUAGACGAGUCCGCAGUGGAUACAGUAUGCUAUGAUGGAGGAGAAUGUUCAUGUGCCGAAACAACUUGCAGUGUGCAAUGCAACAAGUGUGAUUUUGAUAGUCCAAAAGUUUUGAGAGAUGUGCUAUCCAGUCCAGGCUACUUUGGCAUCCGAUUCGAGCUUAACUCGAUCAGCAGCUCUGUUAUGAAUGGAGCUAACUAUACUAUUUAUAAUGGUACUGUUAAGGAUAGUAAUGGUCUUGGAGCAAGCGCAUUUGAACUUUCCAAGAAAGUUAGAGUGUGGCUUCGUUCUUGUAAUGUUGGUUGUAACCCAGCAAAAAAGACUUUGAAGCGGGACUACUACGUUUUGGGGCACGAAGACGGCCUCAAUUCAGAUUCCUAUGGACGACAAAACUACAUUCUCAAUCAUGCGGAUCGCUUGGAAGAGAGUUCGUACGCGUGUCAAAAUUUGAACUCCGCAAUUACGAUCAGAUAUUAA